AAUCGUAAAUACUGAUAACAAGAAAUGAAAAGAAAACACCGCCAGUAGUAACACAAUUUUCCUUCAAUUUCCAACCAAAAAAUCUAUUAAAUUAGUUAAUAGUUAAUUUCCAAAAUGAAUUUCUCUUCGGAAACCAUCCUCGGUUUGAAACGUCUCUGUAACCCUUCUCUGGUAAAUGAUCAACACUUCAACGAAUUAGUCGACAGCUGUAUUCGAGCUGUUCAAACGGACGAACUAGCCAAUAAAAAUAAAUCAACCGAAGGCAAACUAGACGUUAUAAAGGUGGCCUAUGCUUCGUUGACCGUUCUACUUACUGAAGCCGCUAGACAUGGAGUGGAUAGUGAUAUUCUGAAAGAUAUCUUGGAAGGAUACAACCUGAAUCAGGAUAGAAUUUCAUCCAUUGUCGAAACUUAUGGGAAAAAUAAGCUGCAGGUGGAGCGUAAGUUGAUGCGGAUUGGUACCAGUUUACCUCAUAUUGUCGAAAUACAUUGGAGAAUGGAUUACACGAUUAAAUCGAAUUGUAACAAGCAAUACAUUCAGCCUUUCUUUCAUAUACAGUUAGUCACAAUUACUUCGAAUAAUAAUAAGAAAGUCAUCAGAUUCGUGUGCUCGGUGCAAAAUCUCGAAGAAUUAGUUUUCCAGUUGAAAACCGCUACGCGACAUAUGAAUAAAUUGGUAACCGGUGCUUUGAAAUGAUCAUCAUCUUUACUCGAUCUUUAUUUGUUAUUCGUUGCUGUGUAUUUAUCAUAUUUUCUUUGUGAUGAGCGUUGUGUUCAUUUCUCAGCUCGCAAUUUUGCAUUAUUCCAUUUUAAUCAAACUAUUACAGAGUUUACAUGUAUAUUUUUCUAUAUUUACCAUACGUAUAUUUUUAUAUCAUUCGGGUGAUAAAUAGUUGAGUAGUAAUAUCUAAAGAUAGAGAAUGAAUGUAUUCGGUUCAGAUUUUCGUGGAAUCUUGGAAGAUUAUUUUGGAUUUUCAUGAAAAAAAUUAUGAAAUGUGUGACCAUCUUGAGGGAAAAUUAUUGGAUCUGGACAUUCCAUCGAUCCAAUUUCACUAAUUAGAUAAGUUCUGGAUUCAAUUGGAGAGGUUUGGUGGCUCUAAGCAGUCCUGAAGUAGAUCCUUCUGAUAUUGAUUAAACCGGAUUAGAUUUAAUAACUAUUAAGGUCCGAAUAUUCUCCAGAUUCUAUUACAUCUGACGAAAUUAGAUAAGAAUCAUAUUAAGAUCUGUUCAGACCGGAUCAGAUACGAUCAUUUCCCCCUUGAGAUGCCAGAGUAAUACAUAUAGGUACGUAAGUUCUCUAUUCCUAUUGCUCAUAAUUAUUGUGAUAUAGUACAUAUUUUAUAUUAUUAUUCGUGUAAUUGAAUCGAAGAGUGUACCAUAUUUAUUUACUUUUUUUCUGCGUUGAAUAUAAUGAUUUAAUCAUACAUUUCGAAUA